CACAAAAAUGCCAGGCCUUACCACACUCCCUCAGUCCCUCUUUCGGUGGAUAGAUAAAUCACAGUCAGUCAUCAUUUACAUAGUAUCCCUUAAAGGACGUAGCUUAAUUUUCCUGUCAUUCAAAUGUGGGUAAAUCCACACCCAACACCUAUGCACUCUGGAAUAUCCACAAAUUGGUAAACCUAGGAAGUAAGCCUCAGGAGCUACAAUGGCCUCCAUACGGUUAAAAAAACUUUUUAAAGACUUCAAUUUUAGAAAAUUCCUUUCUGUGCUGAUGCUCGGAGUGGGGUACAUGACAUAUGUCCUCCUUGGAGGGGUAAUUUUCUGGAAGCUGGAAGGGGACGAAGUGAUGACUGAAAUUGUUGGGCUACAGCAGAGGAAAAAUCAGAUGCUUCAGAUUUAUCCAUGUCUUGGAGAAAGUGGCCUUCAAGAUAUGGGAACGUUUAUAGAUGAUAUAUCCAAGUAUGGGAUGAGUCUGAAAAGUAACAAGACAGCGGGAGGCUUCUGGAAGUUCACGAGCUCGGCAGUGUUCGCUGCUGCAGUGGUGACAACUAUCGGCUACGGGAACAUCGUACCUACUACAAUACAAGGCCGGGUGUUUUGUGUGAUCUUCGCCAUUUUUGGAAUUCCACUGAACAUGGUGGUCCUGAAUCAAGUGGGAAAGUACAUGCUGGCCAUCGAAAGAAAUUUCUGCACCAUGAUCGCAAAAAAGACCAGCCACCAGAAAUUUGUUCUGGUGUCCCUCCACUUUGCAUCAUUUAUUGGCUCGGGAAUCCUCUAUCUGGUGGUCCCUAUGGUCUUUUUUCAACAAUAUGAAGAUUGGAGUUUAACAGAGGGCAUGUACUAUUGCUUUAUCACUCUCAGUACAGUAGGCUUUGGAGAUUUUGUUGCAGCGUACAACCCUGACGAGGCUUACCCGGUCUGGUAUGGAUAUAUUAUAGGAGUUUGGAUAUUUUUCGGCAUGGCUUGGCUGGCUUUAGUGAUCAAUCACACUAUUGAACUUUUGGGCAAGUUUAAUGCUUACCUUAAUUCGGGCAAAAAAAAUGCCAAGGAAAACACAUCACAAGAGCAGGAGCUAGAAGAGACGCAAGAGAAAGAGCCCGAGGAAAAGGAAACAGAUGAAGCUCGAGAAUGAUACACACACACACACACCAAAAUACAUAUAUGCAAAUAUAUAAAUAUAUACACACACACACACACACACACACCCAGGGUGCCCCCAAAGUCUGGAUUCAUAAGAAAACAAGCAAAUGCUGUAAAAUUCAGCAGUAACUUUUCUGUCUGAAGAGUCCUGGCUUGUGUUCAUGAGAACGAGUUCUUUUCCGAUCCUCUGUCAUUAGUUUCUUAGUCUGAACCACUUUACUGGCUCCCUCUAAUUCCUUCCCUCUACAUUAACUGUGCUCUUACCACUAACCAGGGAACUGGAUGUCUCUCCCUGGCAUUGACCAAUACAUUUACAUAAGCAACUUAAAAAUAAAAACCUGUCGUCAGAUACGACUUCAUACUUAGUGCUGCCAAUAUCAAGUGGAACGCUUACAGUUGGUUUUGCACUAUCGUUUUUAAACGCUGUGCGUGAAGCCUUACAAUUUUUUUUUUGUGGAUUUCCCUCUCGAGCACCAGGACUGACUGAUGGCCUACUGUACUGUACAUCACUAAAUAUCAACAAGGUCCACUAGAGGGCACUGCAAAUCCAGCUAUUUGUACAUCCUAUUUAACUCCUGAAGAUGAUGUUCAUUUUAAUUUGCGUUGGUCGGUGUGCUAUAUAAAAUGUCCAUUUUCUUUAUUAUUUAUUUUUUAGUAUAAAAAUGUAUCAUUUGUUAUUGUAU